AAUCAAAUUUUCUCUCACUUUUACCCACUCUCUCCAAAGUCCAACAACCCCUUUUCCACUCCUAAAUAAAUAAAUAAUAUUUCCUCUUCUAGAAGCCCUUAACCCCAACCUGACACACACUCUCUCUCUCUCUCAUAUCUAGAAGUCUAGAAAAAUCACUAUAUAUAUAAAAAUUGGUCUCGGUCCACUUUCACAAUCACCCCCAACCAACAACAACAACAACAACAAGUUCUCCUUCAAAAAAAAAACCAUUCUCAAAAUCUUUAACCAUGGAGGACAAAACAUAUCUCCAAAGCCCCGAAGAUCUUGAGGAAGACGCGCUCUCACUCUGUGACCUUUCCAUUCACGAUGUAAACGCAGAGCUCGAAGAACCCAACUCUUUUUCUUCCUAUUCUGACUCUCCUUCACGACCAGACUUGUUCGAGUUCUCCACCGCCAACCCAACAAUCAAAAACGACGCCGUAAUCUUCUGCGGCAGAGUCAUACACCAGAAACACCACCAAGAAGAAGAGCAUCCCAGGCGAAGAGUUCUAUGGGGAUCAGAGUCUUUCAACAAGUCCCAGAAAUUCCACUCCGCUAGGAUCACCGGCCACACCCGGUCAAGCUCGCUAAGUGUACCGGCGACCGGGAGUUUCCGGUACCAGAAGUGCGAGUCGAAGAAGCACAAGGUGAUAAUUGGGCUGGCGAAGAUUCAGCCCCAGAUGGAGCUGAGUGAGAUAAGGAAGAGACAGGCUCGGCGGGGCCCGGUACCGAUGAUUCCGGUUGUUGUUGACGGAAGGGAACCGGUGAUUGUCGGUGGUGAUGGUGGUAAGAAGAGCGGAGGGACUGGGCCUGCGAAGAGUCCUUGGGCGUUGCUGAGAUGUAGGGCCCACUUCGCUAGCGUGUUGGCUCGAGCGUCUUCUGCUUGCUUUCCGCUUUUGUGACCAUUUCCACUCAUUGCAAAUUUAUUUAUUUUUUUGGUAUUGUUAAAUGUUACUUGCUAAUAAUACAUUUAUUUAUUUUA